CAUAAAAUAUUCCCCCAAACCACCCACACGGAAUAGGGCAAACCUCUCCUUCCUCAAUCAUCAAAUUGUCAAUGGUGUGCAACUCGUAUCUCUCAUCCACGGCGCACAACUACGUACUUUCCUUGUUUCUCUUCCUUCUGUCUUCCCCUUCUUCAAUUGUUAGAGAAUUUUUGGAGAAGAAUUUUUCUAAGGUAAUUUUGGAGCAGAAGAAAGCUAUGAUUGGCUCGCCGUCUAUGAAGAAGCUCCAACUCUUUCGUGAAGAUACAGUUUUCAUCAAGGUCCUAGCUCAAGUGCGCCUGAACUUACUUAACUCGAGCGACUGUUUGACCUUCCAAAGUAGCUGUUGGACAUUCAUGCAUUCAAAGUUCACCUCUAUCUUUCUACAGUAGUUAUGUCUUUUUUAGUAUUUAGAGACAUACAUUAUUCCUUUGUGGUUAUUUUUCUGAUGUAUUUGACUCUCGAAUUGUAUUAGUAUUUCUUACACUAUUGACACCUGAUUUUGGGCAUGAUUGGUAUUUUGAAUAAGUUUUUUCCA